GAUCUAACAAAAUUUCCCACAAUGUCAUACAAGGACAAUCCAGCGUUCGGUCACAAGUCCAGUGGUCUAUUUAGUAAUAGCUCCCCAGCACACCUCACCGUCUGUCCGGGACCAUCUGCAUGAUCCUCAUAUUCAGCAUCCGAUGCAAGCAGUAUUCCAAGCGCCGGUCCAUCAAAGGCAAGACAGUGGAUACUACCAUCAAUAUGCUCCUCAGACACAUAAUCGAGCCAAUAAUCAUACAGAUGCGCUGGCUCCUCAGAUCCAUCAACUACAGUAUCCCUACAAUGGCUACUUGGCAAACGGACCUGGUGUCGUUGUACAUCAUCAAGUCUUGCCCGAUCCAAACGAAGAACCAACCUCCACCAAAAUCACAGCCGAACAGAUGAUGCAGAAACUGUGCAAUAAGCUUGAUGCCCACGAAACCAUGUUGAACAACCUAUGCAGCAAGUUUGAUCAAUUUCAAUAUCAAGUGAGCUACCAUCAUAACUGGAUGAUAAAAGACUUCUGCCCUCAAUUCAAAGCAUUCGGCUCCAAGCUCGAAAGAGUAUUGAGCAUAACAGCCGAAACUAGAACAACAACUUCUGCCGCAGACGCUUCAGGCUCGUUGAACGGCGAUGAACCUGCCUUCGAAAACGUCCAAGUAGUGACCAGUGGUCAAGGCAAUGUCGAAUCAUCGCCAGUCAGCGAGGCGAGCUUCCGGCCUGUUCAGCAGAUUCAUGUCACUGCUGAACAGCGGAACGGCAGUCCGAACACGUUUCAAGGUACCAUCAGACAGCGCCUGGACUCCAUAGCUCUAAAGCAGGUGAACGAAGACGUUCUGCGGGACAAACUUUGUAAUAAGAUCACUGAAGAGUUUGGUGCUGUGAAGACUUUGAUGUACAUGGUCUUCAAGAAUCAGGGUCUUAUGCAAAAUUGCCUCACAGCUUUCAGUAGAGAGCAAAGUCAACAUGUGCUUGAAACUGAAAUGCCGCUCGACCGAUGCUUGACCAACCAGAUGAGCACAAAUCAGGGGUUGAGGCUUUCUGAGAAAUGGUUAAAGGAGGGUCUGACGAAUGUCGACGAUACUCUGGAGAGGCUGGAAGGAAAACACGACACAAGUCUGCAGAUCAGGGAGGAAAUGGUCGAAGAAGCCUUGGAAAACCGACGUCCUCUCUCGCUAUCCGAUAUCGUCCAUAUUGACCAAGAGCCAUCCAGUCCGAUUCCCAGUCUCGAGGAGAUAAGGGAGGAAGAUCUCAACGUCGAGGUCCAAGAUCAGGGCACGCAGACGUUCGAAUACGACAUGGAAUUCCACCAUCAUCAGGCACGCAUGUCGCCAGAGGUGAACAUCCACGACGAUGACCAAAUUUCUGGUUACCGUGGAGCAGCGGAGUCCGUAGCGCGAGGAACGCAAACCUAUGAGCUCGAUACCUCACUUCACUAUGCAUCGGCAUCUUCUUCAGUCAUGACUCCCCACGAAGAGUGUCUGGAUUCCAAUGCAGCAGCAGAAGGUCCAGGUAUCCCAGAUUCGCAGACUCGAGCGCCAGAAGAGCAACCUCAGACAGAGAUCUUACCAUUACCGACUGUUACUACUAUCCUCGAUAUGAGCGAGAUGCAACGAGACAUGUUGCCACAAAUUUUAUCUGAGAUACGCAAUCUAGAAAAUCAAGUCUCGAAAGUCUCAUGCCAGAUCAAGCAAUGGGAGACUCGAGCACAUAGCCAGGUCCUGUCCAUCCAAGCAGCGCUUCCUCUAACAACGACUCCCGGUGCUGGUGAAGACGAGGCGACCGGGUUCAGACUGCCAAGCCCAGAAUCUGUAAAUGACAACUCUGUGAAGAUAACAUCGACCGUGGACCUGGAGAAGAGGAGAAAGCACAAAGCUGUCGCUACGCGAUCAAUCGAGACACCGGGUCGAGGGGAAGUUGUACCAAAACAUGUCUUCGAAGCACCAAAGAGGACUAAAUCGAAGCAAGGUAAAAGCCACAUCUUCUCCGAGGAAGGCAGAGUUGGUGGUCAAAAGCAUCCAACGAAUAGUACUCUGGCUACGGCCAAUAGUAAUGCUGAGCGUUCACAUGGACGAAUGGGCCAGGAACGCAAGUGGGAGCAGCCAGAGAUCACAAGUUCUCGAGAAAAUUUGCUGCAGCAGCAACGGCAUGCGUACCGCAAGAAGCAGAGGAUGUCAUAGAUAAUCUCAGCCCCAGAUAGCUGGAGUGCAACGUUGGCGCUUGGUUCUGGCCGACAAUAGCGCCGCGGCAGUCUUCCUUCAAACGUCUGACUGCAUUACACAUUGGAUCUGCUGAAGAUUUGCUGUGUACGGAGCGACACCAAGGCCUCGAGCGGCUGUCGAAGCAGACACGGAAUUGAAAGCCUGUUUCUGGUUCAGUCUCACGCGAGUCGUGACGAGUGUUUAGCGAGCCCAUUGGAUCUACGAUUAUAGUAAAGCAGGAAUACUUUGUGUCCCUUCCCCGCUUGACCAUACUCAUUUCGGGGUACAUGGCACUGUCCAACGGUGGCAGUCUGGAGUAUGUAGAUAAGAUUGUUGCUCGAAGCCAGAAGUCACCCAUGGUUGAGACAUUUUGCAAAGAAGAAGCAUG